AACUUUCAUGUUAGAGAGUUAUGAACCAUAAUGAGAACGUAAGUACAAUUUAACAUCAUUAGGAGAAGACAAUUAAUCCAGCGGGGCAGGUCCAGAAUUUUUUGCUGGGGGAUUUCGAUGAUUUUUGUUCGCUAGGGAGUACUGUGUUUGUCACCAUUGUUGCAGGCAUUUAAUCUCUUUUUCAUGUCCUCAACCAAACACACAAAUAUGACCCAUGAAGGGUUUAUGUUAUUUAAGGUGGCUCACAACCUUCAGACGUAGGUCGCAAUGAGCAGAGGGGGUUGACCCCCAACCCUCAUCCCCGGAUCCGCGACUGCUCCAAAAUAGAGAAUUUUGGAGCCCGUAUCCACACCUAUUUAACGGCGUUUUGACUGUAGCUUGUUCAGAGUUUUGUGGACAUUCCUUUAUUGAAUAUUUCAUUCUCUGGCGAACCCAGGAUUUUGUCGUGGACGGGGGGGGGGUGUCUCUGACCGGGAUUUAGCUCAGUGAUGGUCAAGCCAUCACCACCCGGUUGCGCCACAAAACAUACACUGGGAUUUACGGCUUUAUCAGAGCUACUACUUUAUUAAGGUGCAUGCGUAUGAACAGUACCUUCGUUUUUCAGAAAGCAAAAGAAACACACACACACACGCACACAAAUCCAACACCAUGUAACACGCCAUCAAAGUGGGGGUGGAGACAAUUCCGUUUUAACUUCCCCCACACAACGAGAGAAGCAUGUGAUUAUUUGUUUUAAGAUUUUUAUAUCUAUUUCCGUUCUCAUCGAACAAAGGGGGGGGGAAUCACAACUUCCUUCCCUACUGUGGUGAUGCCAGAGGUGAAACUGGACUACUGAAAGACAAGGUUCCACAACAGCAUUGACAUGACUCCCGAGGCUAGGGAUGUCAUCCCACAGUUGGACUGCAGGGGGGCGUGAGCCAUUAUUACCCCCCUCUCUCUAAUUUUGGUGGUGAGAAACAAACAAGACAUUCGUAUUUUGAGGAUUUUUGGAACUGUCCCGUAGAAACAAACGGUCGACAAAAACUUUGAUUGAAUACACCAUUUUGCUGUGAUGUGGGCAAGCCUUCACUUGAAGGAAACCGUUUCUUUUGUUUAGCAAAUUAAGACCGAGUUGUGGAGAUAUUUCUCUGUCCGCACAACGUUUUCGGUUCUCACGAAAAAGGUGACUCGUCCCCACAACUGCGGCACAAGUGUGGCUGAGCACGCAAAUGUGCACAAGAUUAUGUAGUGGGCCCCCUCCUCACUUUCCAAAUGUGUACGGCCAGGCCAAUUCAUAUGAUGUGGUCAUCCCGCCAUCCUACCGGUGCCACUUUCCGGCAUGAAAGUGUGCCAUCUCUACAGCAGCACUAGCAAGUUAGGAGUCCAUCGGAGGGUCCUCACGUUCUGGAAAGUUUUCAGUCCACUGUCCACGAUCCCUUCUCCCCACACUUUUUGAGGGGAUCCCUUGGUCUUCAUAAUCUCUCACUCAAACAUUAUUGUUGACCCCUGACAAAAGCCUUUUUUGUCAGUUACAAUCGGUCGCCCAACGUAACUCUGUAUAAGGACAUCACCAAAACAGUUGGCUUUCAUGGAGCGGGAAGUCUACUUUUGGAAGUAUGAUGUCAUCCAGUGUUGAAUAGUACCAGGCUGCUCUUGACGGUUUUGUUUAGUCCACGGUGAGAGCUCAGCGAUCCACCAAACUGACUGCUAGCGUAGAAGAGACACACCGCAUCGAUCAUCUCUCUGAUGUUCUGUCCUUAUCACAAUUUAUGAACUUUUCUGCAGUGUCACUUUUUUUUCUCGGAAAUAAAUUAUUGGUUAACGGUGAAAUUGCAAAGCAUAAGAACACUUCUCGUGUGUUGGCUCUCACGCUGUCCACAGCUAGAUGCGUAACACAAUAUAGGGCGACAGCGCAGUCAACCUCCCAAACAUCAAGAGAAAUUUACUGGCGCGGAAGACGACUUCAAGGAACCUGAUCGAUCCCACAAACCAUCAUCAGGCAUUACUGAAGGGUUACUCACCGUCAACUUAGUACAACAAAUUAUUGUGACCAUAGUUUGCUGUGAGUCUUCGGUGGCAAGCAGGCAUUGCGGUUGGUUAACGCUUCACUCAAAUUUACUCUUCCGGAUUUGAAGAUCAGUACAUGUACACACUUCUGUCGAAAAGGAGGCAUAAAGAAGACAUGUUACGGGGACUGAUGCUUCCCUUGGCCGUGUUGGCCGUCUGGGUGUCCGCGGGCUUUCCUGGCAUGGUCUCGGCGGCCAGGGGCAGCCGUGUCUCGCUGGAGCUCGUCGAUGGGAGCUACCGAAACCUAUUGAUCGGUAUCAGCGACAGAGUGCCUGAUAGUCCAGCGCUCAUUGACCGCAUCAAAGAUGUCUUCACCGAAACUUCCAAGUUUCUGUAUCAAGCAACGAGGAAGCGGGCUUACUUCAAAGAUAUUCACAUUCUUGUUCCGGAGAGCUGGAGAGAGUCCUCCGACUAUUCCAGUGCAGAAUGGCAACGUUACGACCAGAGUGACGUCAUGAUCGACUUCUCAAAGGAUGGGAGCACGAACAACAAUCGUCCAUAUGUCUACAAACCGACCCCGUGCGGGGAGCAAGGCGAAUUCAUUCACCUGACUCCCGACUACCUGCUUUCAGAAAAUACUGCCCGCGCCUUUGGACCCUACACGAAGACAUUAACCCACGAAUGGGCGCACUACCGAUGGGGUGUAUUCGACGAAUACCCGCUCCAAAACGGACAGCAUUUCUACGCCGACGCCGAGGGGAACAUUGAGGCUGUGAGGUGCGUCUCGAAAAUACAGGGUGAACGGGUGAAUCCAAAGAGGAACUUUGGGCCUUGCCAGGAAGACGAAAAUGGGCUCCCGGAGCGGGACUGCCGGUUCCAGGAUGACUACCGUGCAACCGAUUACACCGGCUCGCUCAUGUACAAGCAGUUCUUACCCGCGAUAUCAACUUUUUGCGAGAAAGCGGCCAACGGUGUGCCGGAGGGAAACGCGCAUAACAGAGAGGCGCCUAAUGUGCACAACAUCAUGUGCAAAGGGAAAAGCGUGUGGGAGGUGAUGCUUGAACAUAGUGACUUUGCUCCGGGGAAGGGUAUUGCGAACAACGCAAACGACAGGGGUGAGGAGGACUUCGAGCCCAACCCCGUGCCAGAAUUCACGGUGGUCAAGAAGACCUCCAGCCGCUUUGUCCUGGUCGUGGACACCUCUGGCAGCAUGAAAGGACAGAGACUGCGCCAGCUUAAACAAGCAGCCGAUUUGCUCAUCAGCGAAAUCCUGAAUGACGGAGAGAAGCUUGGGAUUGUGGAAUUCGCAGAAACGAGUAGACUCAUCUCGGGUCUUCAAUCCAUCAACGCGAUGAGCCGACAGAUGCUCCUGAAUAAGAUAACCUCCCUUGACGCCAAUGGCUGGACGAGCAUUGGAGCAGGGGUUGUAGGCGGCUUAGAGGUAUUGCAGGAUGGCUCAAUGAAUGCUGAAGCUGCUGCAGGGGGAAAGAUGAUAAUUAUCACUGACGGUGAAGAGAACGAAGAACCGUAUAUUAGAGAUGUUCUCCAUUUGGUGAAUGGUUCUAGCGUGACAAUAUGCACCAUCGCAAUCGGACCCGACGCCUCAUCGGACCUUGAGCUUCUGCCUGCCCUCACCGGCGGCACGGCUUACUCGCUGAAAGAGGAGUCCAACUCACUUAGUGAUGCGUUCAGCACGAUUCCUAACACAGAAAAGGACAUAACUUCCACGCCGACCACUGUGUAUUCGGAGUUCAUUCAAAUUCCAGUUGUACAACUUUUCACCGACGCCGUCUACAUAGACGCCACAAUCGGCAGUGACACCCUUUUUGUAUUCGGGCACACCACUGCGAAUAGCAUAAGCGUGCGUGUCACCGAUCCGACGGGAAGGAGGAUCUCUGAGGGGUCCCCCGAGUACGACGCCAAUCCAACCAUCCCGCGGGUUCGAGUUGCUAUCACUGGUGAUGCUCAGGUCGGGCAGUGGACAUUCGAAAUCGAAAACAAUCAACAGGAAUUGGAGAAUGUGACUGUGCUAGUCCAGAGUCAGGCCCGGGAGAACCAGGAGCCCAUCAUGAUCCGGUCACAGUGGCGACUCGCUAGCGUCGUGCCGCCACAGACACAAUCUCUCUACGUGUCCGUCGGGCAAGGGUACACACCGGUGGUCGAAGCCGACGUCAAAGCUGUCGUUGACCUACCCUGCGGAAACGGAAACGAAUCGGUGACCCUUCGCCCGAAGGACAAUGGAAUUGGUGCUGACAUCCAUAAGAACGACGGUGUCUACUCUUCGUAUUUUACCGAGUUCUGUGGUGCGGGAAGAUACGGUGUCAACAUUGAGGUCAUCAACAAUGGCGAAGUGACCUCUGUGGCGUCCGGUGGCAUCAUUGGCGUAGGUGCCGCUAUCGACCCGGAGCUUGCUAGGGAUGGAUACGAGAGGGAAAGUGAACUGAGAAGCACCGGCGAUUUCCGGCGGGUCACCCUCGGUGGGAGCUUCAAAUGCGAGGGAGCACACAUUUGCAACGCAAGCACGGAUGUCUACCCCCCGGCUCGUAUCACUGAUUUAAUGGCCACAAAUGUUGAUCCUCACUCGAAACAGAUUAAAUUGACCUUCACCGCUCCAGGAGACGAUCUGUCUACUGGCAAAGCCUCGCACUACAUCAUUGUGAUGUCACGAAGCGUCUCCGACAUACUCGACAAUUUUGACAGCGUGUCAGAGGUGCCCUUGGAGAGCUACGCCCAGGGCAACGUCAUGACGACAAAAGAUGCCGGUGAAACCGAGGUGUUUGUCAUCCAAGUGACUGAUGUCGGGAAGUUCAGUUACUCCUUCGCCGUAGUGACGGUGGAUGAUGUUGGCAAUCGAGGCGAGCCCUCAAACGUCGCCACCUCAUCAGCACGCGAAAGACGACCGGUGCCAGGAGUAUCUCUCCCACUGGGGCUGGUCGUCGGCUGUGUGGUGGGUGGCGCUGUCCUCAUGCUCCUCAUGGUGAUGUUGGCGGUGUGCGCGCACCGCAAAAGACGACAGAGGGGAGGCAAGGGCACCCCCGAGACCCCCUGGAUUGAUCAGGAGAGCUCAAGGCAAAGGCUGGAAGGCGGGCGCCAGGCGACUCCCAGGGAGAACCAGUACGUUGGCAGCAGCGUCGCGACCGUUCCUGUAUCCCCGAGCAGUGGUCCAAUGAAGCCACACACUGUCCCUCUGAAGCCACCCACUGUCCCGCUGAAGCUUCAUACUAAGCCGGUGAAGCCACCCAUUGCUACUGACCAGUCGAAGCAACCUACUGGCCCGCCUAGGCCACCCUCUGUCACCGUCCCGGUCUUCCCUCCCAGUGAUCUGCAUGACGACGUCACCGGCCGGCAGCACGAUCUUAACAGCCACCUGUACGACCACGUCAUCAGCCGACGGGAGAGAGACCCCAACUGGGACCCGACCCUGCCGAAUAACAGCGAGGGGGGCGGGGCAAAUAUCAAGGCGGGUCACGUGGCCAAUACCAGGGCUGCGUUCGACAACUUGGGAUUCAUGAAAUAGGUACGGCAAGAUGCGACGAUCUCCGACGAUUUGGGCAGGUAGCAUUUACUAACACGAGAAAUAAAUCCAUUGUCAAAUUCGUUGUAAUCGCCGUCAACAUUAACGGCUGGGUAAAUAUACACAGAAACAUAGCGUGGCUUCCAUAAAACCAAUGUGCAAACGUGAGACAAUUUUUGCUUCCUGAAGAACAUAUCUAUGAUUUGAAAUUUCAAAACUCUUAAUACUAUUAUCAUCAACGUCGUUUGCAAGAUUUGAAGAACAGGGCCUGGCAUACAAGCUUGUUCAGCAAAACCCCAUUAUCGUUUCAUGUUUAAUUAGCCAUACAGUUAGGUUAGAAGUUCUUUUUUAUGUUUGGCAUUUUUUUCUUACAUUUCUUAAAUCCCUAAGCUUAUUGCUUUAUAUUUUAAAAAUCGAGUGCCCAGAUCGGCAUCGAUCAUUGACAGAGAAUUAAACACUCUCUAACGGUUACUGAAUCAUUACUGAAAGUCGCAACUGCAUGUGCUGUGUGUCAGAUGUAACACUUCCCAGUUAAAGUUUUCUAGAUUAUGGAUAUUGGGCUGUGAUAGCGGAUUGCCUGACGACUUCUCCCUUAUCGGCGGGCGACCUCGCCGGGGGACAACAGUAAUGGCAUGGAUAUUGCUGCCUUCUGAAUGUUGAGGGUGCUUUGAGGUGAUUACACAAUGUACUUCAUCGCGUAGUGAAAAAUAACACAGUAAUUGCCCAACAAGGCAUAGUGGCGCCGUGGCGAGUUUGAAGCUUUAUUUUUUAUAAAGUACCGUACAUGUCUGUAUAUACUGCUGUUGAUUUCGCCAACCGAGGUCCUGUAUAGACUUUGUUGUUCAACAGUUUUACACGUAUCCGUAGCGUUUCGGUUCCUGUAUAUGUAUUUGUGCUCUUUCCCAAGUUGGUUUGUUGAGCUAUUGUUUGUACAGUAAAUAAUGGUUUGAAUGGUCAGUUAGAUUGCUCUUGUGGAAUGAAAACGUAAACUCCAGACAGCUUACUGUAUUCGAUUUUAUUGUUUCUGUGCUUCUGUUACAGAUUGUCUACUUAAAGCACAAAGAGCAAAAUACAGAUUUCCGUGUUUAGGUACAUGUAUAAGGUUUUUUCACCACUUUGAAAUAAUGAUUAGUCCUACCUUUCUGUUGGGCAUAAUAUUCUCUCUGUAAAACGACGUUGCUUAUGCGCAUUAAGUCUAAAAACCAAUGUUGUAGUUGGCUCUGAAGUGGGUUUUUUAGAGACCAUGAAGGUGGAAAAUGAGAUAUUUAUACUGCUUAUUUGACCGUACUCAGAGAACAGCGCAAUCAAACUUGCUGGCGAGUUUGUUGCUUUUUUAUAACAGAAAUAAAUAUUAGAGAUUUCUGUACUUGCAUUGCAAAA